AUGGCCCCUGCCACCGCCGAAAGCGCGUCGCCCAUCGGCAUCGCCAACCUCCCCAACCAGAGGCACAAGAUUGUUGCCAAGAGGGGAGCUGCAUUCACAAUCAUGGUUGCUGGCGAGUCUGGGUUGGGCAAGACGACUUUCAUCAACACGCUGUUCUCCACCACAAUCAAGAACUAUGCCGACCACAAGCGCCGACAUCAGAAGCAGGUCGACAAGACAGUUGAGAUCGAGAUUACCAAGGCUGAGCUGGAGGAGAAGUUCUUCAAGGUCCGCCUGACUGUUAUUGACACACCCGGUUUCGGUGAUUAUGUCAACAACCGCGACUCAUGGAUGCCCAUCAUCGAGUUCCUCGACGACCAGCACGAGUCUUACAUGCUUCAGGAGCAGCAGCCCCGCCGCCAAGACAAGAUCGAUCUUCGUGUGCAUGCUUGCCUGUACUUCAUCCGACCUACCGGUCACACCCUCAAGCCUCUAGAUAUCGAGGUCAUGAAGCGGCUGUGCUCGCGCGUCAACCUCAUCCCAGUCAUUGCCAAGGCCGAUACACUCAGCCCGGCAGAUUUGGCCAAGUUCAAGCAGAGAAUCCGUGCCGUUAUCGAAGCCCAAAGCAUCAAGAUCUACCAGCCGCCGAUUGAGGAGGACGACGAGGCGGCUGCGCAGCACGCGAGGAGCUUGAUGGCCGCCAUGCCCUUCGCCGUCAUCGGCUCGGAGAAGGACGUCAAGACAAACGACGGGCGCAUCGUCAAGGGCCGUCAGUACUCGUGGGGUGUCGCCGAGGUCGAGAACGAGGACCACUGCGACUUCAAGAAGCUUCGCUCCAUCCUGAUCCGCACUCACAUGCUGGACCUGAUCCACACGACCGAGGAGCUUCACUACGAGGCCUACCGCGCCCAGCAGAUGGAGACGCGCAAGUUUGGCGAGGCCCGCCCGAGAAAGCUCGACAACCCCAAGUUUAAGGAGGAGGAGGAGGCGCUGCGCAAGCGCUUCACCGAGCAGGUCAAGAUCGAGGAGCAGCGUUUCCGGCAAUGGGAGCAGAAACUCAUUGCCGAGCGCGACCGCCUCAACAAGGAUCUCGAGCAGACCCACGCCCAGAUCAAGCAGCUCGAGAGCGAGCUCGAGGCGUUGCAGGGCAACGCCGUUCGCAGCCACGGCCGUCGCUAG